UUGUAUUUUUACAGUCUGAACUUCCUCUUGCUUAUUGCAUACUGUGUACCAGCUUUCCAGAAAGGUAGUCGUGUGUGAUCACGUGAAGUGACAGGCACAGAGCCAGGCGUGAUUUAAUUACCUGGACACAGCUUCAGUUUUAAAGCCAGCAAAUCCUUAGCAUGGCAGCCCCUGCACCUGCUCCCAGGCGGAUCUAUCAAACCAGGUCUAAACUGACUGCACUGCCUCUGUACUAUGAAGGCUUUCUGUGGAUCAAGCGUGCGAACGCUAAGGAGACAAAAUAUUGGACUGAACUGCGUGGAACAAAACUUUUCCUUUACAAUGACAAAAAACAAGAAAUGUUCACAGAUAAAAUUGACCUACAGAAUAUGAUGUCUGUGGCAGACCAAUAUUCAGUGACCAAUCAGUGGACAGGAGUAGUUUUGACCUUGGAGAAUGAGGAAGUUCAUAUAAGGACAGAACUUACAGAAGAAGCUGAAGAGUGGAAGGGCUUCAUUCUCACGGUGGUUGAGAUGUCUGUUCCAAAUUUUUUGGCAUUGUUACCUGGACAAUUAAUCAGACUUAAAGAAGUUCUAGAUAAAGAGACAUCCAGAAGGGCUUCUGAAGUGCAGGAAAAAGAAACACCUUUAUCUCCAGAUGUGUCUUCGGAAGAAUAUGAAACGUGUACAGAUGUACCCAGUAUGCCUUUGUGCUUUCACAAUGUGACUCGUGCAGAGGCUGCAGAAAUACUCACGAAGACAGAGAGUUUGGGAAGCCUCAUUCUAAGACCUGGUGGUGGUGCAGAAACAAAGAACUACGCCAUAUCUAUAAGAGAAAAUUCUGAGUAUGUGAAAGCUCUGAUUAAACACUACAGAGUAAUAAGCACAGAACAGGGAUACACAAUUGAGCUUGACAAACCUGUUGUACUGAAAACUCUUCAAGAUGUUGUAGAUCACUUUGUGAAGGAAACCAGGGGGAAGUUAAAACCACUUAUCACCAAUGAGUACGAAGCAAAGUUUGAGGACUCUCUAAAGGGGACUCAGAAGACAUCUGUUGUGACCAAAAUUUCACCGGAGAAAACUUCACCAGCUGAGCGGGAAAAAGAAAAUAUCUACAUGAAUGUAACAACUUGCAAGUAGAGGAUGUAAAAAUGCUGAUGCUCUACACACCCUUGCUCAUCAAAUUAGGAAUUAAGAAAAUGAAGAAAAAAAAGACAUUGGUAAAAAAAAAUAGCAAGUAGCAAUUGCA